AUGGCGCAUAACUUUGGAGUAACUGCUACAGCAAGACCGGGUCGGGAUAAUGGGAAUCAAUCAGAAGAUUAUAGAUAUCAACACCACCAGAAUGAGCAACUCCUGCAUCGACAGUUGAGUACAGAAGUCAACGACGCAACGAGGGGAGAUGACGGUCGAAAUUUAUUCCAUAUGCCCCAAUUUGAUCAGCAAACUUCUAUUUCCAACACCGCUCAAGUAUCUUCUCCUUCAUUUCAGUCAAUGAGCAAUCUCUCAACACUUCCACCACCGUUGGGAUCAAGUUUGAGUAAGUUUGCUUCAAAUGGAUCAAGUACAUUUUGGAAUACACCCUUGUCUGGCCUGUCUGGUGCAAAUGUGGGAGCAAGAGUAGCAGCUGAAGGACCCUCACAUUCACAAUAUCGCGGGUCCUCUAUUGAUUCGAGUAUUUGGAGACUGCCAAGCUCAGUCACUUCCACUGGACAAGCCUCAAUCACGUCAAGUUUAUGGUCCCCAACGAAACUAAGCGGACACGAAGAACCGCAGCCGCAACAGCAGCCGCAACAGCAACAACAACAGCAACCGAAUUUUACUCUGCAGUACUUUUCACAAAAACAACCACCUGCUGCACUUCAAAACACACUUUUGUUCCCAUCAAAUGCUAAAAACUAUAUAUCAACUGUUCCUAAUGAGAACCGCUCAUCGUCCAUUAGCGCGUUUACUCCACCAUCGAUGGAGGAGAUUGCUGUUGCUAAUGGGUUGAUUAAUGAAGACUCUGUUAAUUUUUCGCCGCCAGUGAGUUUUGAAUCAAUGAGACGUCACUCUUACACAGAGGGAUUGCUUGGCCAGAAGCGCCAGACACUAGAUGUAUCUCCCACAUUGUCCAAGCGCCAACCAUCUAUGAAUGACUUGGCCACAAUGCAAAUGGUUGAUGAUUACUUUGAAUCGGAUCCUCAUGAACGUGUUAAAGUUACAAUGAAGUUGUUGAAUGAUCGGUUUUUUGAUGAGGAGCGGUACUUGAAUGACGGGUAUCAGUUGCCCAAGUUUCCUAUUGAAUCGUCAUUGCGUAAUUAUCAAUUGGUUUUGGUUGGAUUCAAGGCGGGAAGGAUUGAUGUGUUUUACCUCCCUUCUACAAAUGGUGUGUGUAUGACAGCCAUGACUAGUCCAACAGAAACAGCACCUGCAACGGCCUCCAUUGGUCAAAACUCUUUUGAAGUGAAGGUUGGCGAUUUAGUUAUUGUUGAGGCUGAUCGUGGACGCGAUUUGGGAAAGGUUUUCAAGUUGAAUGUGUCAAUCGAUGAAGCACGGUUGUUGAAGUUGUUGCAGUUUCAAGAGCAACAAGCAGCCUUGAAUGAACCAGUUGAGAAUAACUUGUUGGAUAACGUGCCUGCAGUAGGAGGAGGUGGACUUUCAGGUCAAAAUCCGCAACAUACAUCAUCCUCACAACCUCCUCCUCAUCAACAACAACAACAUCAUCAUCAUCAUCAACAACAACAACACAUGCACAGUCAGUCAAGUUCAGUUGCUCCACCAACAUUACAAUUUCCCAAGUCUAUAUUGGCACUAGCACAGCCCAAUGAGGCAUUUCAGAUUUUGAAUAAGAAGCAAGAUGAAGAAAAGGCUUGUAGGUUAUGUCUUGCCAAGAUUUCAAGCGCAACAAGCGGAUGUUUACUAAGUGGGGCACCUAUAUCGCCAGCAACGCAAGACUUGUUGCAAAUGAAGUUGAUUGAUGCUGAGUACCAAUUUGAUCGGAAAAAGUUGAUUUUCUAUUAUUCUACAUCAAAGAGAAUUGAUUUUAGAGAUUUGGUUAGAGAGUUGUUUCGUAUUUAUAAGACAAGGAUUUGGAUGUGUGCUGUGACUGGAGUGCCCUUUAAAGCGUCAAGAACAAGUUUGAGUCCGUUAAGCACUGGUGUGGGGUCAGCAGUAGUGGGUGGGGUAGGAGGGAGAGGAGGUGCCGGUGUUGUUGGAAAUAUUGUGGAUAUCGAUCAAUCAUCACAGAAUCAAAAGCAAUCAUUACAACAGCAAGCACCGCAUCCAGUGCAAUUUCUGCAACGACCACCAAUUAACAUGCUGAUGUCACAACAUGGUCAGGUUGAGGGGUCGACAACAAUGCUUCUUCCACUGCAGCAACUCCAGCAACAACCUGGGCUCAAUCGAAGACUGAGCUUUCAGCAAACAAGUAGCACCUCUCAGAAUCAAGCUCUGGUGCAAUUUCAGGGCCCACAAUCAGUGAAUUGCUCUUGGGGGUCAACUGGUCAACUUCAACAUCGAGCACUGCUUCAACCGCAGUUUAAUUAUAGUGAUUGCCAGUUUGAUGCUGUACCUCGGCAAAUAUCCAAUUCUGAACAGCCACAACCAUGGCUGCUGGUGCCACAACUGCUGCAACUGAGUCAAGAAUUGCAACAGCUACAACAGCAAAGUUAUUGGAUUACACAGCAGCAACUACAGCAGCAACUACAAUUGAGGCAGCAGCAAUUUCCACUCGGUCAGCCAUUGACACCACAACAGCAACAAGCUCAACAGGUGAAACAGCAAGCACAGAAACAGGUGCAAGAUCAGUUCAGCAGGAAGAACCAAGGAUGUGAUGAUGGAACAGUGGUUGGUGGAGGUGGAAAUAACGUGGAUGAGGCUUCGAUGAUGCAAAGCUCCUCGGAGGAAAAGAUGGUGUUGAGGAGUCUAGUUGACUCUAUGAAUCACUAA